GGCGCUCAAAAGAUCGCCACCUCUGCAGGCGGCUCUGUCCCUGCUCGUUGAGAGAGUCUGCAAAAAGCAACGCCGUCAACGAUUAUAACUUCUGCAUCAAAUCCCUCAGCUGUCCCCACGCCGCCACCGCGACCAACCCCAAAGCCCUAACUAAGGUUGUUCUGCAAUUGGCAAAGCAAGAUGCGGAGGCUAUCAUUGAUUAAAUCCUCAAUUUUAUAAAAACGAGACGCUCACCGGCGCUCCAUCAAUGCUCAAAAAAUACCGAUCCGCAGUGAAUUCGUUCAAAAUGGUAACCAGUGAACUGAAGGAAGAUCCGAUGUUGGCGAAUUACGACAUCAAGAAUUACGGAGCUUGCUAUCAAUGGCGGACCUCGAAGAGCACCUGCUCCGCCCAAACGUGCGUCGGCAGUCAACCUGCUUUCCGAUCCCUAGGCUCUUCACGGCACACUUUUGCAGAGAAUGGAUGCCUUGAAGAAGCGGUGGCAAGAUCUUCGAUAUUGGAUUCAAGUCGAUCCCGCUGGAAACUUUCGAGUCAUCGAAGUCGAGAAGUUUACCAUGAUGCGUCGUUGCGAUCUUCCUGCACGUGGUCUGCGCCUCGUUGACCCUCUUUUUGUUUAUCAAUAAAAUUGGGACUUGACC